AUGACAACUGCUGUUAGUAGACAUCCAUUUCUCAGUAUUCAUUAUUUUCUUCUCUUCCUUUCCAAAUGGUCUAAGUUUGUGGAAUAUUGUUGGGAUUACCGAGUUUUAUUUGGCAGAUCAUCCAAGACAUGUGCUUCUGUCAUUACUAUCAGUGGAUUGCUAUUAUACCAUCCAAAGGGAGUUGCCACUUUUUUGCUCUAUGCCCCUUUGGUGGCAAUGCCAGCUUUCAAACUCUUGUUUCUCCAUGGCAAAUGUCCAUCCCCGUAUUCCAUUGUAUCUCUACCACGGCGGUCUACUUCAUCUUUCAUCCUAAACCAGCAAUCUUCUUCACCUCGUCACCCUGUUACCUUUUAUGUGGAUGUUCACUCUGGGGUUAAUUCCUUGGAGCAUCUGUUAGUUUAUACUCCAUCAGGCUAUGUGAUUAAACUUGAGCUUCUGCCAUCAAUUGAGGCAGAGCUAAAUGAGAGUGAUCUAGCAACUCGGUCUGGCUCAUAUGUACAUUCGCAAGAUGAGGAGUAA